AUGGGUAGCUUUAGUUUCGGUAAGAAUGAAUUAAUGAGAGGAUGCAGCAAGCAACUAAUCAAAAUUAAUAUGGGAAGAUAUCCUCCUCCUCCCCGUGAUGAUGAGAAUAAUAAUGGCAUUAAGAAAGGUCCUUGGACCCCUGAAGAAGACCAAAAACUUGUCUCACACAUUCAACUUCAUGGUCAUGGAUGUUGGAGAACUCUCCCUAAACUUGCAGGUCUAAACAGAUGUGGAAAGAGCUGUAGAUUAAGAUGGACAAACUACUUGAGUCCUGACAUAAAGAAAGGAAAAAUUUCCCAAGAAGAAGAAGACAUUAUUCUCAAUCUUCACUCCAUCCUUGGCAACAAGUGGUCUGCCAUUGCAAAACACCUACCAGGACGAACCGAUAAUGAUAUCAAGAACUUCUGGAAUACACAUAUGAAGAAGAAACUUAUACAGAUGGGUUUUGAUCCAAUGACACAUCGUCCGAUAAACGAUCUUUUAACGAGCUUGCCUCAACUGAUAGCUUUGGCAAGUUUGAAAGAGUUUAUGGACAAUAGUAACCAGCUUCCAUAUGAAGAGUUAGUAUCAAGAUUAAUACAGACUGAAGCUGUUAAUGAUAUGGUUAAGGUUCAAUAUAUUCAGUGUCUUCUUCAAUCAACUAUGGGAAUCAGUACUAAUUACCCAACCAGCAUAGCAGAUAAUAUUCAAGCCUUGAAUCUGUUCAUGAAUUCUCUUUCAUCUAUCAAAGAGAACUCCACAUCUUCUAUGAUAAAUUCCUCAUCUCAGUUGGAUAAUAUGGUAGUUCCCAAUAAUGUUCAUGAUUUCCCAGCUGAACUACAUUACAACCCUGGUGAUAAUUUCCAAACAUCUUUGAACAAUAGUCAUUGUGAUAUUGUAAGUCCAGGACAUGGAUGUUCUGAUUCUGCAUUGCUUAACCAAGGAGAUGAAAGAACACCAAAAGUAUCACAAGGGUGUCUCCUAUCAUCAUUUCCAGAUGAUCAGACCCAUCCUACCCCUACAGUUGCUCAUAAUAAUGGAAGAAGCGCAAGUAGUAGUCUCGGCGAGAGCAGUGAUGCUUGGAAUACGAGUACUACCGCUAGUGCAACAACUACUAAUACCAUCUAUGGUGGUGAAGUUCCUUCCCUUUGGCCUGAACUCUUUUCUGUUGAGGAUCUUAGCUUCUAUCCAUGA